GGAAGAGGAGCAGCCAGGACUAGAACCAGCACCCAUAUGGGAUGCCCGCAUCACAGGCAGAGGAUUAACCUGCGCUACAGCACCAGCCCCAAUGCCUAAGCUUUUGAUGGACUCCAGAUGGAAUUUUCCUUCUAGCAUCUGCAGCCCCUGUCACCAGGGAGCAAACCUGGUCAUCGGGCCCUGGAGGCUCAGCCUGUGCCUCUACCAUCUCAGGAUGCCCUCCUGAGGACACCUGCGUUUCAUGUACUGACCAUCGUAAUCAGUACACAAACCAGCAGUGCCACUUAGUGCCUUCUGAAUCCUGCAGUGUGGGCCCUUGGCUCAGCACCCCAGCUGAAGAACCAGACUGCACUGAUGACAAGACAGAUCUUUUUUUUUUUUUUAAUGACUUCUAAUGUUUGGUUGGUUUUGUCUUUGUGACUUCUAAUUUCCCUGUGGAGCAAAUGCAUAGCAUAUUUGGAGUGAGGAGAGGGACAUUUGGCUGACCGAAGACAGAGCCAAGCAGGCUGGUGGACAAGCAGAGGCCCAGAACAGCAGGCCUGGCCCUGAGACAUGAACUGGAACAUGGUUGCCGUGAGGACAUAGGGCUAACAGGAAGGGACACAGGCUGCUGUCAGGACAUGCCACCACACACCAGAGGCCAGGCCCCUGCUGCUGUCACAGCCCUCCACCCCAGUCCCUUACCACUCCUCACCCCUCUCUCCCGCCCGCCAGCUGCCAGCAGGGCUCUGCCCUGUGUCUGCCACACCUGUCACUGCCUGUCCUUGUCCCCCCCCGGGGGGGGUCAUCAGCCCCUCCUCAGCUGCCCAGCAGAUCGAGCAGUUAGUGGGGAGGGGAGGGAACAUGGAACGGGGGCCGGCAGUGGGGGCAGGGCUGGGUGCCGGGACCCGAGUCCGGGCAGUGCUGGCCUGCCUGGUGAGGGUGCUACUCUGGGUAGCUUCUGCCUUGCUGUAUUUCGGGAGUGAACAAGCCGCCCGCCUCCUGGGCAGCCCCUGCUUACGGCGCCUCUACCAUGCCUGGUUGGCAGCAGUGGUCAUCUUCGGGCCCCUUCUGCAGUUCCACGUCAACCCUCGGACUAUCUUCGCCAGCCACGGCAACUUCUUCAACAUAAAGUUUGUGAAUUCGGCGUGGGGCUGGACAUGCACCUUCCUGGGAGGCUUCGUGUUGCUGGUGGUGUUCCUGGCCACUCGGCGCGUGGCCGUGACCGCCAGACACCUGAGCCGGCUGGUGGUGGGCGCAGCCGUGUGGCGGGGGGCUGGCCGGGCCUUCCUGCUCAUCGAGGACCUGACAGGGUCCUGCUUUGAGCCUCUGCCCCAGGGCCUGCUGCUCCACGAGCUGCCCGACCGCCGCAGCUGCCUGGCAGCUGGCCACCAGUGGCGGGGCUACACGGUCUCCUCUCACACCUUCCUGCUCACCUUCUGCUGCCUGCUCAUGGCCGAGGAAGCUGCGGUGUUUGCCAAGUACCUGGCCCACGGGCUGCCUGCGGGAGCGCCCCUGCGCCUCGUCUUCUUGCUCAACGUGCUGCUGCUGGGGCUCUGGAACUUCCUGCUGCUCUGCACCGUCAUCUACUUCCACCAGUACACGCACAAGGUGGUGGGCGCCGCCGUGGGCACCUUCGCCUGGUACCUCACCUACGGCAGCUGGUAUCAUCAACCCUGGUCUCCGGGGAGCCCGGGCCAUGGCCUCUUCCCCCGCCCCCACGCCAGCCGCAAGCAUAACUGACGGAAAUAAAGUCACCCCGGGCCUGC